UUAACUUUAUAGCCCCCACCCAUCUCUUUCACACUCAACCCCACCCACCUCAAUAUAUUUCUCCCUCUCUCUCUGUACGUCUCUUUAGUCCGCCCUCUUAGAGAAAAAGUUGCAGAGAGUAUUGAUCUUGAGUAUGACAGCAGAUAUCAGGUAAUUCAAGUAAAAAUCACACACAUCAUCCAUCCAUCUCUCUCUGUUCAUACUCUAAGUAACAAAAUAGGCAUAUAUCUUUAUAGAAAGAACAUGUGGUACGUCCUCUCUCUGGGAGCAGAGCAUAUAUGUGUUUCUCCCUUCCUGAUUCCUCUGCUUUUUAUUGUUUAAUGUUUGACUCUCAUCUUUCUCUCUCCCGUGUGUUGUUUCUUUCUGGGAUUCGUGAUGGGUCUAACAAAAAUUCUCUUUUCCUUGAAUUCCCGUCAGAUGAUGUGUGAUUGAACACGUGCGCCAUCUCCGAUCAUCUGAUUUAUUCGCAUCUCACCUUUCUGCAGCAUCAACUCAGUUAGCUAGUGAGGAUUAACAGAAACAGGGGAUGGCAGGGUCCUACUUUCAUGGGAGCUCGGGAAUCGGAGGAGGUGGUGAUGGGUUGCAAACCCUCAUACUUAUGAACCCGGCGGGAAGUGGGUACGUUGGAUUUUCUGACACCACUCAUCACACGGCGGCGCCGGCGCCGGGCGCCAAUAAUUUCGCCCUUCUACAGUCCAUGUCCAGUGUUACUCUGCCACACGCGCCGCCGCAGUCCCAUUCGCAACAGUUUGUGGGCGUCCCCUUUCCCACCGCAGCCGCGUCCCAGCAGGAUAUCACCGCCAUCCACGAGCUCUUCCGCAAUAAUUACAGCGACGUGUACGGAUCGCCGGUGGGAAUGGGUACCGCGCGUGAAUUUUCACGCGCCCAGCAGGGUCUGUCUUUGACUCUCGCCUCUUCUCAGCAUGGGAAAUUCAGGGCGGAGAGUGAGGCGGGGUCACAGCAGAUUUUGGCUUCGCCGGCGUCCGGGGAUGAUCAGGUAAGGGCGGGCGGCGGCGGAUCGUGCUCCCCUGCUUCUGGGAUUUCCAACUGUUUGAACAGCAGGCCUUUGGAUUCCAGGUAUUUGAAGGCAGCACAAGAGCUCCUUGACGAGGUCGUUAAUGUCGGCAGGGCAGUGGUAAAAAACGGAGCACAGCCAGGUCAAGGGGGUAAUUGUCGUAUUGCCAGAGAUCCCGGCGGCGUCGAGGCAGCCGGCGUGGGAGAAGUCGAUGUUCAGAACAAAACUGAGCUCACCACGGCAGAGAGGCAAGAAUUCCAAUUAAGGAAAGCAAAGCUUUUGAACAUGCUUGAUGAGGUGGAGCAAAGGUAUAGGCAAUACUACCAAGAGAUGCACAUGGUAAUAUCAUGGUUUGAGCAAGCAGCAGGAAUUGGUUCAGCAAAAACAUACACAUCACUGGCUUUGCAGACAAUCUCGAAGCAAUUCAGGUGCCUCAAAGACGCAAUUUUGAGCCAAAUUCGAGCAGCAAGCAAGAUUUUAGGUGAAGAAGGUGUUGGCGUAAAGAAUGAGGGCUCAUCAAGACUCAAAUAUGUCGAUAAUCAGCUCCGUCAACAGAGAGCUUUGCAGCAAAUGGGAAUGAUCCACCAGAACGCUUGGAGACCCCAGAGAGGUUUGCCUGAGCGUUCUGUUUCCGUCCUUCGUGCUUGGCUCUUUGAACAUUUCCUCCAUCCUUAUCCCAAGGAUUCUGACAAAAGCAUGCUAGCUAAACAAACCGGCCUUACUAGGAGUCAGGUGUCGAAUUGGUUCAUCAAUGCUCGAGUUCGGCUGUGGAAACCAAUGGUGGAAGAGAUGUACUUGGAAGAGAUCAAGGAGAAAGAGAAGAACGGAGAAGGUGAGAAUGAAGAAGCAGAUAUAGAUCAAGAUUCAGCAUCUCUCCAAGAGAAGAGUCCUUGUUCCGAACACGCCAACCCGACAUGUACAAACCACACAAUGUCAAUGACCAAUGGUGCAUCAAUCUCUCAGGGAAGUCCAAAGAAACCGAGGAACUCAGAAAUGCUGCACACUCUGGUGAGUAGUAUUCCAUCCCUCGGCAUGAAAUUUGUGAACGAUGAGGGGCAUAAUAGAGAAGACUACACAUCUAUGGAGGGAUCGACAAACUUCAUGGCAGCGUUUGGGUCAUACCCAAUGGACCAAAUGGGGAGGUUCAAUGCUGAGCAGUUCCCUUCACCAUAUUCCGGGAACGCAGUCUCCCUAACCCUCGGUCUUCAACACCCGGAAAACCAUCGUAGUUUUCUCCCCAACCAUGGAGUUGUGAUGGGUGAAGGAAAUGAUUUUGGCGGGAUGGCUACUCCUACGUCUCACCAAACAAAUGUGUUUGAGAACUUCAACAACAUCCAGAACCGCAAGAGAUUCCCGGCACAAUUGUUGCCUGACUUUGUCACUUAAAUUGACAAAGUUCUCAGGUGUAUAGAACUUCCAAGAGACAGACAAUUUAUAUAUAUAUAGUCAGGUCUAUACUUUGCAGAAGAACUGGGAGAGUUCUUGUGGAUAGUUUAGGCUUUUUAGGAAAAGAUGUGGUUGGUAGAUUGUAUAUUAAUUUUGUUGGUGCAGAUAUCAUAUAAUUUGUUGUCAUAUUGAAUGGGAAGAACAUAUCAUAUGAGACCGUAUAGAAAAUAAAAAUGUUAAUAAUUACCAUUACUACCAUGAUCCACUUUUUUUGUCUCUCCAUGCUCUCUACCUGUUCUAUCACCAUUUGAUCUGUGAAAAAAGAGUGUCCAUGACAAUAUGACAUAAUUAAGUAAUUAUGAAGAGAAG